AUGGCUGUUCUCAAUGAUCUACCCAUCGAGCUGAUCGACUACAUUCUCGAAUCCGAGAUGCCCACGGUGGCCUGGACGAUCGGCGAUAGCCGCACGGACUGCGGCGGGCCAGGCUCUCAGACUGCUGCUGCUGAUACUGCAAGGGCCGCCGAGCUCAAGUCGCAGCUCCCUACACCUCAUUUGGAGAACGAGGCGUUGCGAGACUACUUUGGACCUGGCACCCCUCGCUCCUCUUUUCUCGACGCCAUCGAGGAUGCGUCGCCCUUGCAAGCGCUGCUCGAAGCAUGCCGAGGGAUCUCUGAGGGCCAGACUGCACGCGCUGGCGGGCGGGAGUUACCACAGACACCGUACAACAAGGACAAGCGCAACAUACUCACCCUACGGUUGACCAGAACCAAAACUUUCAAAGAUCGCGCUUACGCUUCCAAAUGGAGGAUCUCGCGCCACGGUCGCCUACUCGUCUUGACGGCCUCGAAUCUCUACGGCGACGAGAGCUCGGUUCGGAACGAGCUCGCGGCGGCCGCAUACGAAGCCCCGGUAGGCCUGUUGACGAUGAGCUUCGACUGCUCCGUCUUGUGGGUCAACAAAGAGUGGCUCAAAGUAACCGGCAUGUAUGGACAGGAGGAUCACGAUAGGUGGGGGGAGCGGGUGAGUGGUUUAGACUUUCAACGAGGCCCACGAGUCGACGAGUUCACUGCCGAAGUGAUGUCGGAGUCCGAGGGGCGCUUGGACAGCGGAUAUCUGACUCUUACCUGCCCAAUAAAACCUCACAGAUCGAACCGGAAGACAUCCCCCUUGUGACCAAAUACCGCGACCAGAGUAAGUCUUGCUUCCUCGCCCAACUUGCCCUGAAGCUGUAGCUCAUGGUCUCUUUGUCUUCACCCAUCAGUUAUUGCACACCAUCAGCGCGAUUCGUGCGAGUUCCGAUGGUUGCCCUCAGGUGGCGACGACAGCGAAAAUUGGACAGUUUCCACGGUCGCCCCACUCUGCAAUGAAGAUGGGAAACCGUACGCGAUGGUGGGAUCUCUGACUAAGUGGGUCUACAUGUAGAGGUUUCAGGGUUUACAGCACAAAACUGCUUACUGACCAAGUAUCCCGACCUAUCCUUAUUCGACUCGGCGUGCUCUCCACCCAAAGUGUGGCCAAGUUCAAGGUAGACGAGCUACAUUUUUUGCGGCAAAAGGAAGAAAGUGCGAGGGCGAAACUCGUUGCAGAGCAGGCAGUGGUUGCGCUGAGUGUAGAGAAUGAGGCUUUGGCGAGGAAGGCGGCCGAGGAUGCAGAAGAGCGGGCGACCGAGGCGGUGCAGGAGAAGCAGGCGACCGAACUGUUCCUUGAUGGUGAGCUGGCUUUUAUCCCUUCGGUAUCAAAGCAUUCAACCAGGGUCUCUGAUGAUUCACUCUUACUAUGCUCCACCAGUUGCAUCACAUGAACUGCGCAACCCCAUCUCGGCCAUUCUUCAGAACGCCGAGUUGACCCGAUCGUCUAUGGACGGCUUAUAUGCAUCUAUGCUACGCCUCGAAAAGAAAAAUCAGCUGCCUCUCUGCUUCACACGCAAAAAAAUCGAACAAAUCGAAGAGAACAUCGAGGCAUGCGACGCCAUCAUCCAAUGCGGCCAUGCGCAAGAGCGAAUAGCCAAUGACACCCUGGGCUUGGCUCAGAUCCAGCUCUCAAAGUACACAAUCGCCUCGAUCGAGUUCGAUCUCAUCGCCUCGCUGCGCAACAUAUGCAGGAUGUGGAAGAGCGAAUGCAAGGCCAAAGGGAUCAAGCUCGAAUUAUCGCUCGGCAACUCGCUCAAACGAUUGGGCUCGCAUGCCCGGGUCUUGGCGGAUCCGACGCGUCUGUCGCAGGUUCUUGUCAAUCUCCUUUCGAACGCAGUCAGGUUCUUGUCAAUCUCCUUUCGAACGCAGUCAGGUUCACGGCCAAAUCGGCUGUUCGUAAAGUCGUGCUAUCCGUCGAGGUGUCGGGCCAGCCGCCGGAUCGAGGGGGUCAGAUCGUACCGCCCGCGGAGACGGAAUACUACAUCGAGAAGCAGCGGCCUGUUUACCUCUUCUUCUCGGUUGCGGAUACGGGACCGGGUAUGACCGAAGAGGAGACGUCGAGGUUGUUUGAAAAGUUCAUGCAGGCGUUCCCAUUCACUCAUUCGACGAUGGGAGGUUCUGGACUCGGUCUGUGGAUUGCUCGGAGUAGGUCGAGCAGAACAUAUCCGUGUCGUUGCGAUUUGGCGCUAUUACUGACUCAACUCAACCCCCUGCAGAUUUGUGCGAGUUGCAAGCCGGGCGUAUCGAAGUGCGAUCCAAAGUCGGCGAAGGCUCGAUCUUCCGUUGCUUCAUCACCGCCCGUUCCAUCGACGCCGGAGCGACGGAAGCCGAGGCGGACGGAGUCCCCAUUAUCGAAGGGAUCACCGAAGCCGGUCCGAACGGUCAAGUCUCACGCAUAAAACUCGACAAUGAUCCUUGCCUGCCCGGGGCUGAAGGGCACCCCGAGCAAACUGUUCUCCCCUUGGCGGGCAAGACGAUCCUCUGUUGCGAGGAUAAUCAGAUCAACCGCACCGUCUUGCGCAAGCAAUUGCUCAAAGCUGGGGCCGAGAGAGUUUUGCUCGCUGAGAAUGGUCAGGAAGGGCUCGAGCUAUUGCAUUUGCACGGUGCCAAGAUCGCGUGCAUCAUUAUGGAUUACGAGAUGCCCGUUAUGGAUGGUUUAGGGGCAACGAGGGCGAUUCGUGCAGUCGAGGAGAGGGACAAGAGUCGCAAGAUGAGGAUUGUCGGGUUGACCGGGAAUGCGAGGGAGGCGCAAAUUAAGAUGGGGCUCCAGGCAGGGAUGGAUGAUGUCGUCACCAAGCCUUACAAGGUGCCGGAUUUGAUGAAACGGAUCUCCGUUUAG